UGAAAUUCGUGAAGCGAGAAUUUUCUGGAAUUUGAUUUGUCAGUGUCCAUCAUUGAUAUUUUAGAUUAUUUCUAGAUUUCUAGAGAGUGCGACGAAGCCGAAAGUGAAAUUUUAAUAUUGAGUGCAAUAGUUUUGUGGUGUACAAAUAUUUUCAAGUACAUUCCCAUUUUAAUUUUUUUGUCUAAUCAUGGAAAAGGUUAAUCAGUUAAAAGAGAAAGGUAAUGCAGCUUUAUCUUCGGGUAAAUACGAAGAAGCCAUUAAGUUCUACGCAGAAGGUAUUGCAUUAGAUCCAAACAACCACGUUUUAUAUAGUAAUCGAUCAGCCGCACACGCUAAGGCCGGUAACUAUGCGGCGGCUCUGGAGGACGCUAACAAAUGCGUGUCAAUAAACCCUUCAUGGAGUAAAGGUUAUUCUAGAAAGGGUAGUGCCUUAGCUUAUCUUGGUGACCAUGAAGAAUCAAUUGCCGCUUACGAAAAAGGAUUGGAGUUAGAACCUGGUAAUCAACAGCUAGCUUCUGGUCUGGCGGAAGUGAAAAAACAAGCAGAGGAAGCAAAAUUAAGAACGGAACAGCUAUUUGAAAAACUUAAAGCUGAUCCAAAAACUAGGGAAUGGCUUGAUGACCCUGAAUAUGUCAAAACCGUCAAGAAACUAGGUUCAGGCUUACUCCCAGGCUCUUUAGAUGCUAAAUUAAUGGAGGAUAAAAGAAUGUUGGCAACACUAAGUGUUAUGCUUGGUGUAGAUCUUGGAUCUCCUAUGGAUGUAGAUCAACCAGCUCCUGAGCCAAAACCAACUCCCCCACCAAAACAAGAACCACCCAAACCCAACUAUGAAGAUAUGCCAGAAAAUAGAAGGCUGGCAUUACAGGAAAAAGACAUUGGAAAUGAGUUUUACAAGAAGAAAGACUUUGAUAAUGCUUUGUUACACUACAAUAAAGCAAUUCAACAUGACCCAGCUGAUAUUACUUUCUAUACAAAUGUAGCUGCCGUCUUCUUUGAACAAAAAGAAUAUGAGAAGUGUGUCAAAGAAUGUGAAAAGGCAAUUGAAAUAGGAAGAGAGAAUAGAGCAGACUAUAAAUUGAUAGCAAAAGCAUUUACUAGAAUUGGAAAUGCUUAUAAAAAGAUGGAGCAAUGGAAGCUGGCAAAAACAUAUUAUGAAAAGUCUAUGUCCGAACAUCGUACUCCUGAGAUCAAGACACUUCUAAGUGAGGUUGAAAAGAAGAUAGUGGAAGAAGAAAAAAAGGCAUAUAUAGACCCAGUAAAAGCAGAACAAGAGAAGGAACUAGGCAACAAAUUCUUUAAAAAAGGUGACUACAGUACAGCUAUGAAGCAUUACACUGAAGCAAUACAACGUAACCCAGAUGACCCUAAGCUGUACUCAAACAGAGCAGCCUGUUACACUAAACUAGCUGCCUUUGACCUUGGGCUCCGAGACUGUGAAAAGUGUUGCAAACUUGACCCUAAGUUUAUAAAGGGCUGGAUCCGAAAGGGCAAGAUUUUGCAGGGCAUGCAACAGCAUUCUAAAGCUCUCACAGCCUACCAAAAAGCAUUGGAGUUAGAUCCCAGCAAUGCUGAGGCUCUGGAGGGAUACCGUGCUUGCUCCACACAACUUAACUCUAAUCCUGAAGAGGUCCGCAAGCGAGCCAUGUCAGAUCCAGAAGUACAGCAAAUACUUCGGGAUCCAGCCAUGAGAUGCAUCCUUGAACAAAUGCAGCAAGACCCACAUGCAUUACAGGACCAUCUUAAAAAUCCAGAGAUUGCUGCAAAAAUACAAAAGUUACUAGAGUCAGGACUCAUUGCUAUACAUUAGAUUUAUUUAUCUAGAGAUAAAGGUAUUUUAAUCGCCUGCACUAAAUGAAGAAGGGACUGAUGUGAAUGGAUAAGUUGCAAUGAUAUAUCUUGCUUAUUACAAGACAAUAUUCUUAAACUAUCAACACUUAUAAGGGUUUGCUAUACAAUACUUAUAAAAUAUCAGAAUAGUUAAAAACACCAGUUAUAUGAUUGCUUGCAGUUAUUUUUAUAAUAUAGAGUAGAUAGAAUUAUAUUAGAGGUGGUAUCUAAUGAUAAGCUUAUGAACAAAGCUAGCUCAUGCUGAUAACUCAGUUUGCUGUUUUUUUUUUCAAUAAAACCCAUAUUGUUCAACAACGCAAUGUAAACUGCAUUUUUUCAUCGUCUUUCAAUAGAAGUGCAGGCUAAGCUAUUCUUAUGUAGUUUUUUUUAUAGAAAUUGACCAGUAUGAUUCUGCUGCAAGUUUUGUCUCACAAAAGGGUUUUACAAAUUUACUUCUUUUAUUAAAUAAUAAAUAGUUAACUAUUACUUAUGAGUGUGUAAGGCCAUUAUGGUGAGUUAAAUUUAUAUAUAUUAAUGUGUUUAAAACGUAGCUACUAAAUAUACAAAAUUGUAUUGUUUUUUACCAUUAUUUUACCCACACCUUUAUAAUUCAUUCCAUUCUAAGUUCUAGUAUAUCUGUUGGACUUCUUCUGAUGUGUUAGGGUCCACUCAAUUUUUAUCAAUUGCAUGAAUACAAAUUGCAAUGAUAAUUGUAUGAUUAUGAAAUAAAGUUUAUGUAGGCCAA